UAUCCCCUUUCCAAUCUGAACUAUACAAUUUGUUUGCGGGCGAAGGCUAGAUAUAGGAGCAUUUUUUCCACUGGCAGGAUCCUGCAAUGGUACCAUACAACACUUGCAAUUUGUAAACGUUGGAUCUGGACUCUGAGAAUGGGGGCCGUGUUAGCAGCAAGUCAUUCUUCGGUAUCCGCAAUAAGCCACGAUUCGAUCCUGUCUGACAAGUUUCACGCAACACAAGAGUAGCUCUCACGUACGACAGGCGUCCGCUAUGGCUGAUGGUUGACACGUGGGAAAAGGAAGCUGAGCUGUUACGCCAUGGAGAUCCUUCGUGGCGUCAAGGCAGAUUCAAUCGACAUCUGCCAGUCUCUGAUUUGCAUGCCGGUCUCAAGCUGGCGGCAAAUUUACCAAGGCUAAGCGAUUUCCAACGUUCAAGUAUGCAGUCUUAUUGGCUCAGAUUAAAUCAACAACAUGCUUUAGCGAUAUGUUUAAUUUCAUUGGUUCGUUCAGAUCCGAGUCAGACAACUAACGCCAAGGGCCCAAGCACGCCCUCCCCCCGGCCCACAAUAAAGACCAUUAUUGAUUUAUCUCGAAGCAGCCACAAAGAAACAUGGCGUUUUCUGAUGACAACAAGAUACCAUGCAAAUACCCCAACUCCAAACCUCAUCACCUGUUUGUUUGCAAUCCUAAUCGCCAGGAUCUGGAUGCGCGUGUGUCUAGCGGUCGUCAUAGAGCUUAGAACUUGAUAAUGCAGGACAAAAAGAAAACCAAAUCAUUGCAACCCAGAAUACAAGCAUGAACCGAGUAGGAAGGGCAAGAAAAAG